CUUGCAUUUAAUUUUUGCGCCAUCCACUUUGAAAUUUUAUCUGUGCCUUACCCUUUAACAAAAACAGUCUUAAAAACCUACCUUAAUCGGAGCUAAAAUAUUUACAAACGUGAACCAGUUCAAGAAAGUCACCUGGGAAGCCAGGUUGAUUACGAUACUAGUAUUAAAUUGCUUGUAUCGAUCUGAUUGACAAUACAUUUGCAUUUGUACAUACUUUAUGCACUGAUCUUUUUCAAACCUAACUGUUCAUUACCCAUGUAAAAUGCGUUUACAAUUAACUUGAUAUUUGCACAGUUACAGUUUCUAACAACAGUUACAAUAUCUUUAAUAGUAUUUUGAUAUACUUAAGACAUUCUUAAACCUAUAAAGAAAUAUUUUAUCCUUGAUGCUGGAUAGCGCUUAUUUUGCGUCAUUUAUAAUUGUCCUUACAUAGAAAUUAAUGUGUAAUGAUACUGAGUUAAUGAAGAAAUGGACGGCGCAUUAUUGUGACAGACGAGGCUUGCUCUAAGUAGUGGCUGUCGUUGGUGAAGUAAAUGACUCUGAUUGUGUGAACGCCGCUAGACGCUAGUAGAAUGGACGACAAUGUUAGAGCGGCCAACACCGGCGAAAUGGACGAUCCUGACACGGUAGACAACGCUAGUGAAAUAGACGAUAAUAUAGCAGUGGCACAUGCUGAUGCAGUGGACGACGAUGGUAAAAUAAAUGACGUCUGUGUAAAAUACACGUCAUCAAACUGGGAGGGAUCGAAUAAACCAGAAAAUACUGACUUUUCUGUAAAGACUUGGAAAGAAGACUUGACACUAUUAGUGGAGAACAAAAAGCUCUAUGUUUCCAAAGCUGUUCUAGGGCUUGUCUCCCCAGUAUUUGACAGAAUGAUUCAGUCUGAGUUUAAAGAGGGGCAUCAGACAGAAAUUGAGCUUCCGGAUAAGAAACUGGAUGAUGUCAAAGAGUUCCUGAGGUGCAUUUAUCCUAAUAUGGAGAAUGAUGUGUCAGAAAAAAAAUUUUACACAAUCCUUUCACUUGCUGAUGAGUACCAAGUCACCAGUUUAAAGACAAAAUGUGAGGAUCUCUUAAUGAAAUUUCUCGAAAAAAAUAGUCCCAUUUGUGAAGUAUACAAAGUGUUAAAUGUUGCUUCACGAUAUCAUAUAACUAAACUGAUGGAGGAAGGACUUGAACUUGCAUCCAGGAGAUCAUUGGAAGAUCUUGAAUGUGCAGAAAAAAGAAGUUCCAAUUUCCCCAGAAACCAAAUGUAUUAUUCACAGAAAGAUUAUGGAAAAUCUUCAACGAGAGGUUGAUAGCGUGAAAAAGGAACUACAGAUCGUGAAAACAUUAAACAAUUUCCACCGUGCAAGUCGUCCAAAAUUGGAACAGCUCAAUGCAAAUGAUUUUAGCGGAUGGGAAGGCGUAUCAGAAAGUUUUAUUCUCGAUUUGGAAGGCAUGACUACUGAAAGAGACUUGUCUAAAACUGCAGGCCCAUGUAAAGUAAUUGUAAAUAUAUGUGGGGCACGUCUGGCAUGUAUAUUUGAAGUGAAUUAUGGGCGAAAACUAUCAGUUUCAAUAACACCUGUUUUACGUGAGCGGGGUUGAGACAAUUUCCUUAAUACUGAAAAUAGUUUUGAUAAAAGCACUGAAAAAAGAGCGUGACUUUUACAAAAUUUUGAAAGAACAGAUUUCACCGAGAAGCAAAUCAACAUCUUGGCGACUCAUUACAUUAGAUGAGAAAGAAAAUUUCUCUCAUUUUGCAAAAGUGGACUCUGAAAUACACGUACUUGCUUACAAAGGACACAGUUUGUUAUAUGAUAACAUUUUACGGGAUUAUCGAUUUACAAGGUAUUGAAAGAUAGGCCUACCGCUGUAUGAAACGCCCGGUAAUGUAAUGGGGACGAGAUUUCAAACGAACAACUUUGAGAAAAUACUAGAAUACUUUGCUCGACUGGACAAUCUUGAAUUAAUUCUAUAGCAAAUUGCUUGCUUUAGUUUCGAAUUUCGCCACAGCCGUCUCUGAAUUGUGAAUAGAUAGCUUUGUAUGCGUAACGUAUAAAGUGAAGGUUUUUCAAAUUUUCGGAAAAAGAUAUUGAAUAAACUAUUCGUUUAGUCUUUUUUUUCGGUGGAAGCCUGCACAACUGAAAAUGAAGUUUUUGUCUUCCUCAAAACAUUAAUAAAACACAUUGCCUCAGCGCGAAACUAUUGUAUCUAGUCGCUGAGUCGACGAUAUAUCAUUUUACACAAAUUGGAUAAAUUUGCCACUAAUUAAGUAAACGAAACUACAAAGGAAUGGGCAUUUUAGUCCUAUAUUUUGAUUUUACAGACGUUUUCUAUCUCAACCUUAUGACCUCCUAUGGUCAAGACUUAUGGCAGACUUGGUAAAUUCUAUUAGGCGUUAUGGGUAAAUUAUUAUCUUUAAUCUAAAACAUUUUGAGUAUUUUGUAGAUUAUAGCAUUAAGUUAAUCUCCGCGCAUAAAAUAAUUCUAUUACAUGGCAUUUUUGCCGGAAAAGAAUUUGCCCCUAUAUGUAUUAGCAAUAUAAUAGUUGAUGUUACAUGGGCUUAUAAAUCAUAUUAUCAACAAUGGCAAAUAAUUAUAUUGUGCUUUCAUAAAUUUAAGUAAGGCCUUUGAUUAUGUUAUUCGAGAUGAUUUAUAGUUGAAAUUAAACAAACUAUGAAUAAAAGGUAAUAUUCUAAAAUACCGUGCUCUCUAUGUAUACUGGUGUAAAAUCAAGAGUGAUAUUAUAUAAAUCAGUUUAGUAAUAUCGGUAGUUUUGAAUGUCAAUUAGGCGUCAGACAGGCUGAUUGCUUAUCUCCCUUUCUUUUUCCAUGUUUUUAAAUGAUAUCGAGGAUACAUGGAUAUAUGUAUGUAUGUAGCAAGUGGCUUAGAUGGUAUUGAUGAUAAACACGUUUAAAAUGUUUUUGAUUCUGUAUGCUGAUGAUAUUGUAAUAUUUGCAAACACUACGAAUGAAUUACAAUCUAGCUUAAAUAUAUUGUUUACUGAUUGUAUUAAAUGGAGGUUAUUAGUAAAUUCUGCCAAAACAAAAGUUAUGACUUUUAGGAAGGUGGUCGUUUGCCUUUUCAAUAUCUUGGUCUUUUAUGGAGGCUCAAAAUAUCUUACCUGGACAAGCACUGAAAGCGAUCUUUAAAAUGAAUAAAUAUUUGUAUAAGUUUACCAACAUAUGUUAAACAUAAAUUUAAACUUUCUGACAAGUUGAUAUUGCCUAUUCUCAAUUAUGGUAGCGACGUAUGGGGAUUUCAUGCCGGUAAAUCAUUAGAAAGAGCACAUAUGCAAUUCUGUAAACGGCUCAUGAUUAUGUGUCAAAAGAAGUACACAGAAUGAUUUUAUUUAUGGAGAAUUACUAAUUAGGUCAGAUGCCUCUGCAAAAUAUGAGAUAUUAUAAUAUAAUUAAAUUUUGGGUUAAGCUAUUAUAUAAGGAUUGUAAAUAUAUAUAUAUAAGAAAAGUGUACACUAUGUUAUAUCAAGAUACUUUAAAUUACCCUUAUAGAAAAUAACUGGUGUUCUUUGGUAAAGAAUUUACUGUGUAUGUUGGGUUUUCACGAAACAUGGAUUCUUCAAACAAUAGGAUACCAGUAUGUUUUAAUGGUUGUUAAACAAAUGAUAAAAGAUCAGUUUCUACAAAAUUAGAAUGAAAGAUUAAACGAUUCUAGCAGAGCCCUAUUCUGUAGACAACUAUGUAACUUUAGGUUUCAGCCAUAUUUAGAUAUACUGAAUAUUUAGAAAUUUUGUAUUAGUUUAUCACGUUUACGUUUAUCAUCUCAUCGUCUUUGUAUCGAAACUGGUAGAUGGAACCAGCCUGUUAGUACACCUAUAGAUGAACGAAGAUGUAAUGUUUGUAACUUGUUAGAGGAUGUAAAUCAUUUCGUAAUACAAUGAUUGAUACCACCAUACUUUCGGAGAGGGCCUAGUAUGUAUAAAUUUAUUGAACUUGUAAAUUCAGAUAAUCCACGCACUGUAAAGAAUUUAUCUACUUAUAUUGAAAAAGCAUUUACAACAAGAUCAAAUCUUUUAUAUAACAGAUAAUAAUAUCAAUAUAGAAAAGACAAUCAAGCAUUUUGGUACAGUUAUUAUGUAAUAAGAAAAAUAGAAUGUAAGAAACCACUUUUAAUUUUGAAACGCAUUACUGAUAAAAGUAUUUGUCUUUUAUAGGUGUCACUAUUUUCACUAUAUUGUAUUAAUAUUUUUAUUUGAAUAAAAUAUUUACAAUAUUGUUAGUACAAUAGUUUUUGCCAGUUU